UUCUCCAACUGCUAUCAUCAGAGGAAACCCAGAAAAUAUAAAGAAAAUUCUGUCACCUCCAAAUUUUUUAAAGUUUUUUAUCCCCACGUGUUUAAAUUCCCCUCUCUCCUCUCUCUCAUCCCAUUCUCCUUCUAUUUUACGCCCUUCCUCUGUUCUUCGCUCUCUCCACUCUGUUUCCACUCAGAAACAAAAAAAGAAAUAAAAAGUAAAAAAAAAAUCAGCAUGAGAAUCCGCAACUCCUCCUUCUCCUCCGCGAUCUUAAUCCUAUUAAUAGCUCUCGUGGACUCGGCGGUUUCCCUCGCCGACGAGAUACCUUCCGCUGCCUACGACCGCGUCCUGUUCCCGGACCGCCGGUGCCAGAAGACGGCGUCGGAGAACAAGACGCGGCGGGGAGCCUCGCCUCCGGCGGCGGAGUGCGAGGUGUGGAGUCCGGCGUGCUCGGAGGCGGUGCUGAGCGUGGCGCGGCUGGCGGAGACGGCGGAGUGGCUGCGAGGAGUUCGGCGGAAGAUCCACGCGAAUCCGGAGCUGGCGUUUGAGGAAAUCGAGACGAGUGGUUUGAUAAGAGAGGAGUUGGAUCUGAUGGAAGUUAGUUAUCGGUACCCUCUCGCUAAGACCGGUAUUCGAGCCUCGAUCGGCACAGGUGGUCCGCCUUUUGUUGCGAUCAGAGCUGACAUGGACGCACUUCCCAUCCAGGAAGCUGUGGAAUGGGAGUACAAAUCUAAAGUUGCCGGCAAAAUGCAUGCUUGUGGGCACGACGCACAUGUGGCUAUGCUUAUCGGCGCUGCCAAGAUAUUGAAAACACGAGAGCAUUUAUUAAAGGGAACUGUGAUUCUGUUAUUCCAGCCAGCAGAGGAAGCAGGUAAUGGAGCAAAACGAAUGAUGCAAGACGGUGCUUUGGAGAAGGUGGAGGCUAUAUUUGCAGCUCAUGUGUCCCAUGAACAUCCAACUGGUAUAAUUGGGUCAAGGCCUGGACCCCUCCUUGCUGGCUGUGGGUUCUUCAGAGCUGUCAUUAGUGGCAAGAAGGGUCUUGCUGCCAAUCCUCACCAUUCUGUUGAUCCUGUUUUAGCCGCUUCAGCUGCAGUUAUCAGCUUACAGGGCAUUGUCUCCCGCGAAUCAAAUCCACUGGAUUCACAGGUUGUCUCUGUAACUUCGUUUAAUGGAGGCAACAAUCUUGACAUGAUACCCGACACAGUGGUCCUCGGUGGGACUUUCAGAGCUUUCUCAAACGCCAGCUUUUAUCAGCUACUUGAAAGGAUAGAGCAGGUGAUUGUGGAACAGGCCAGUGUCUACAGAUGCGUUGCGGAAGUUGACUUCUUUGAAAAGGAGUACACUAUUUACCCCCCCACAGUGAAUGAUGACCGAAUGUAUGAGCAUGUGAAGAAGGUGUCGAUUGAUUUGCUGGGCCAGAAGAAUUUCAGGGUAGUUCCACCUAUGAUGGGUGCUGAAGAUUUCUCUUUCUACUCUGAGGUGGUUCCCUCAGCAUUCUUCUACAUAGGGAUAAGGAAUGAAACGCUGGGGUCUACUCAUACGGGUCAUUCUCCACAUUUCAUGAUUGAUGAAGAUGUUCUACCAGUAGGUGCUGCUGUUCAUGCUAGUAUUGCAGAGAGGUACCUCAUUGAACAUGGCUGAUAUUGGAAAAUAGUAAUGAUAUUUGGAUAUCUGCACAGUGUAUACACCUAACUUACUCUCUUCAUUUCUCUUUUUCUCUUUUCUUAUCACAUAAAAUUACCUAUCAUAUUUCUGUUUCUUUAGAUGUCUAAUAGUAAUAGCUAGCUCAUAGGUGUCCGUGUAUCAUUUUCCAAUAGAAAAAGUUCUGCUCUUGUUUUCA